AUGGCUGUCCGACUAGGCGUGAAUAUUUUACGUAAAUGUACAGGUAAAACCGGUACUCGAUGCAUGUCACACUAUCCAAUAGACGAAUAUGUGUUUGGACUUACUGCGGAACAACAGCAACUCCGCCAGUCCGUGUUUGACUUCGCACAAAAAGAGUUGGCGCCAAAAGCGGGGGAAAUAGACAAAAACAACAAUUUUCCAGAGCUAAGGGAUUUUUGGAAAAAAUGCGGAGAACUGGGAUUGUUAGGAAUAACCGCAGACCCGAAGUUUGGCGGUACAGGAGGAAAGUACUCGGACCACUGCGUCAUCAUGGAAGAAAUUUCAAGAGCGAGUGGCGGAAUAGCGCUGUCGUACGGAGCACAUUCCAAUUUAUGCGUCAACCAAAUCAAUAGAAAUGGGUCUGAGGAACAAAAAAGCAAAUAUUUACCAAAGUUAUGUUCAGGAGAACAUAUGGGUGCUCUAGCCAUGUCGGAGCCCGGGUCAGGUAGUGAUGUCGUAUCAAUGAAGUUGCGUGCUGAGAAGAAAGGAGAUUACUACGUGCUCAAUGGAAACAAGUUCUGGAUCACCAAUGGACCUGAUGCUGAUGUUUUAGUAGUAUACGCCAGAACAGAUCCUUCUACGAAGCCACAGCACGGUAUAUCAGCGUUCCUUAUAGAAAAGAACUUCCCAGGGUUCAGCACUGCACAGAAGCUUGACAAACUUGGAAUGAGAGGAUCUAACACUUGUGAAUUGGUGUUUGAAGACUGCAAGGUGCCCGCAGCCAAUCUGCUAGGUCAAGAAAACAAAGGUGUCUACGUACUAAUGUCAGGUUUAGACCUAGAGCGACUAGUACUAGCUGCCGGUCCUGUUGGCCUGAUGCAGGCUGCAGUAGACACCGCCUUUGAGUAUGCACAUACUAGAAAACAAUUCGGAAAGCCUAUCGGAGAGUUCCAGUUGUUACAGGGUAAAAUGGCAGACAUGUACACAACGCUGAGCGCGUGUCGUAGCUAUCUGUACAGUGUCGCCAAGGCUUGUGAUGAAGGACACGUCAACAGUAAGGACUGCGCCGGAGUCAUUCUGUACUGCGCUGAGAAAGCUACUAAAGUUGCUUUGGAUGCUAUACAGAUACUUGGUGGCAAUGGAUACAUCAAUGACUACCCAACAGGCAGGAUACUGCGAGAUGCUAAGCUUUAUGAAAUUGGUGCUGGAACCUCAGAAGUAAGAAGAAUGUUGAUUGGGCGGGCACUCAACAGUGAAUACAAAUAA